GUGUGCUGAUCUGUCUGCUGUGCUGUCUGAACUGACUCCACACUGGUGAGUGGGGCCCCCGAGAGGGGUGCGGGUCCGGGUAAUCACCGGACUUGCGCUGGUUAGUGGGGUCGGGCAGGUGCUAUUAGGUUAGAGCGGUACCCACACGCCAAGAUUGUGGCUCUGUCUCAGGGCAUAUACAAGAGUCAAACAAUGCAUAAAUAAGUGGAACAACAAAUCAAUGUUUCUCUCUCUCUACCUUAAUCUCUCAAUAACUUUAAAAAAAAUAGUCCACUCGGCUUGGCUUGUUCUGAUCCUGCUGACUUCCUGCCAACCCUGUGCCCCAACUCGCUGCGAUGGAGGCCACAGUCCAGUUUGUGGUGGAGAGUCCCAAUGUGGUCUACAGCCCUGAGGCCAUCGAGGCGCAGUACGAGUAUCGGACGACAAGCGUCAGCCGCGGGGAAAGCGUCCUCAAGGUGGGCUGGGGGCCAGGAGGCCGGCCUGAGGCUGGGAGAUCCAGAGAGCCGGCAAGGGGUGGGAUUGCCCAACGUCUGUGGUCCCGGGCUCACUGCACUGCCCGCCCUCAGGUGUACCCCUCGUCCACGAGCUUCACCUUCCGGACCGCCCGGCGGGUGCCCCGGCUUGGGGUCAUGCUUGUCGGCUGGGGCGGCAACAACGGCUCCACGCUCACCGCUGCUGUGCUGGCCAAUCGGCUGCACCUGUCCUGGCCCACGCGCAGGGGUCGCAAGGAGGCCAACUACUAUGGCUCGCUAAUGCAGGCGGGGACCGUCAGCCUGGGCCUGGAUGCUGAGGGCCAGGAGGUGUUUGUGCCCUUUCGUACUCUGCUACCUAUGGUGUCGCCAGACGACCUUGUGUUCGACGGCUGGGACAUAUCUUCGUUGAACCUGGCUGAGGCGAUGCGGCGUGCACAGGUGCUGGAUUGGGGCCUGCAGGAACAGCUGUGGCCACACAUGGAGGCCUUGCAUCCAAGGCCCUCGGUCUACAUCCCAGAGUUCAUCGCAACUAACCAAAGCGCCCGCGCAGACAACCUUAUCCCUGGCACGCGCGCGCAGCAGCUAGAGCAGAUCCGCAGGGACAUUCGCGACUUCCGGUCCUGCGCGGGGCUGGACAAAGUCAUUGUGCUCUGGACGGCAAAUACAGAGCGCUUCUGUGAACUGGUCCCAGGCCUCAAUGACACCGCUGAAAACCUGCUGCGUACCAUCGAGUUAGGUCUGGAGGUGUCACCCUCCACACUCUUCGCAGUGGCCAGCAUCUUGGAGGGCUGCGCCUUCCUCAAUGGGUCCCCGCAGAACACUCUGGUACCUGGUGCAGUCGAACUCGCGAGGCAACACCGCGUCUUUGUCGGUGGAGAUGACUUCAAAUCAGGCCAGACCAAGGUUAAGUCUGUGCUCGUUGACUUCCUUAUCAGCUCCGGACUGAAGACCAUGUCCAUCGUGAGCUAUAACCACCUGGGCAACAAUGACGGGCAGAACCUGUCAGCACCACCGCAGUUCCGCUCCAAGGAGGUGUCCAAGAGCAGCGUGGUAGACGACAUGGUGCAGAGCAACCCAGUGCUCUAUGCACCUGGAGAGAAGCCCGAUCACUGCGUGGUUAUCAAGUAUGUGCCAUAUGUGGGUGACAGCAAACGCGCAAUGGAUGAGUACACAUCAGAGCUGAUGCUGGGCGGCACCAACACACUAGUGCUGCACAACACCUGCGAGGACUCGCUCCUUGCUGCACCUAUCAUGCUGGACCUGGUGCUGCUGACAGAGCUGUGCCAGCGUGUGAGCUUCCGCACUGACUCAGACCCAGAACCCCAGGGCUUCCACCCUGUGCUGUCAUUGCUCAGUUUCCUCUUCAAGGCACCGCUGGCUCCACCGGGCAGCCCUGUGGUCAACUCGCUCUUCCGACAGCGCAGCUGCAUCGAGAACAUCUUCAGGGCCUGCGUGGGGCUUCCACCACAGAACCACAUGCUUCUGGAGCACAAGAUGGAACGCCCCAGCCUCAAGCAAAUUGGGCAUGUGGCCGCCUCCUGCCAUGUGUCUUGUAAGAAAGAAUUGGCGCCAGCAGCCCCCCAACAGCUGUAUUGGUGAUACCAAUGGGCACUCGCAGGCUGUGGCAUCCCUGAUGCCCACCACCUGAGGCAGUGGCCAUACAGCUCCCAGCAACUCCUACCCCCUUUGCCCCUCUGGACCCAUCCUUCUAGCACACCCCCAUCCCCCAAAAG